AUAGGGGUUAUAAGGGUUAUAGUGGUAAUAAGGGUUAUAGGGGGUAAUAAGGGUUAUAGUGGUUAUAAGGGUUAUAGUGGUAAUAAGGGUUAUGGUGGUAAUGCGGGUUAUAGGGGUAAUAAGGGUUAUAGUGGUUAUAAGGGUUAUAGUGGUUAUAAGGGUUAUAGUGGUAAUAAGGGUUAUGGUGGUAAUGCGGGUUAUAGGGGUAAUAAGGGUUAUAGUGGUUAUAAGGGUUAUAAUGGUAAUAAGGGUUAUGGUGGUAAUGCGGGUUAUAGUGGUUAUAGUGGUUAUAGUGGUUAUAGUGGUUAUAGUGGUUAUAGUGGUUAUAGUGGUUAUAGUGGUAAUAAGGGUUAUAGUGGUUAUAGUGGUUAUAGGGGUAAUAAGGGUUAUGGUGGUAAUAAGGGUUAUAGUGGUUAUAGUGGUUAUAGUGGUUAUAGGGGUUAUAGUGGUUAUAGUGUUUAUAAGGGUUAUAGUGGUUAUAGGGGUUAUAGGGGUAAUAAGGGUUAUAGGGGUUAUACGGGUUAUAGUGGUUAUAAGGGUUAUAGUGGUAAUAAGGGUUAUAAUGGUAAUAAGGGUUAUGGUGGUAAUGCGGGUUAUAGUGGUUAUAGUGGUUAUUGUGGUUAUAGUGGUUAUAGUGGUUAUAGUGGUAAUAAGGGUUAUGGUGGUAAUAAGGGUUAUAGUGGUUAUAGUGGUUAUAGUGGUUAUAGUGGUUAUAGUGGUUAUAGUGGUUAUAGUGGUAAUAAGGGUUAUGGUGGUAAUAGUGGUUAUAGUGGUUAUAGUGGUUAUAGUGGUUAUAGUGGUUAUAGUGGUUAUAAGGGUAAUAAGGGUUAUAGUGGUUAUAAGGGUUAUAGUGGUUAUAAGGGUUAUAGUGGUUAUAAGGGUUAUAGUGGUAAUAAGGGUUAUAGGGGUUAUAAGGGUUAUAGGGGUUAUAAGGGUUAUAGGGGUAAUAAGGGUUAUAGGGGUAAUAAGGGUUAUAGGGGUAAUAAGGGUUAUAGUGGUUAUAAGGGUUAUAAGGGUUAUAGGGGUAAUACGGGUUAUAGGGGUAAUAAGGGUUAUAGUGGUUAUAAGGGUAAUACGGGUUAUAGUGGUUAUAAGGGUAAUAAGGGUUAUAAGGGUAAUACGGGUUAUAGUGGUUAUAAGGGUUAUAGUGGUUAUAGUGGUUAUAGGGGUAAUAAGGGUUAUAGUGGUUAUAAGGGUAAUACGGGUUAUAGGGGUAAUAAGGGUUAUAGUGGUUAUAAGGGUAAUACGGGUUAUAGUGGUUAUAAGGGUAAUAAGGGUUAUAGUGGUUAUAAGGGUAAUACGGGUUAUAGGGGUAAUAAGGGUUAUAGUGGUUAUAGGGGUAAUAAGGGUUAUAGUGGUUAUAGUGGUAAUAAGGGUUAUAGUGGUAAUGCGGGUUAUAGGGGUUAUAGGGGUUAUAGGGGUAAUAUGGGUUAUAGUGGUAAUACGGGUUAUAGUGGUUAUAGUGGUUAUAGUGGUAAUACGGGUUAUAGUGGUUAUAGUGGUAAUAAGGGUUAUAGGGGUUAUAGGGGUAAUAAGGGUUAUAGUGGUAAUAAGGGUUAUAAGGGUUAUAGGGGUAAUAAGGGUUAUAGUGGUAAUACGGGUUAUAGGGGUUAUAGGGGUAAUAAGGGUUAUAUUGGUUAUAGUGGUAAUACGGGUAAUAGUGGUUAUAGUGGUAAUACGGGUAAUAGUGGUUAUAGUGGUAAUAAGGGUUAUAGGGGUAAUACGGGUUAUAGUGGUAAUACGGGUUAUAGUGGUAAUACGGGUUAUAGUGGUUAUUGGGGUAAUAAGGGUUAUAGGGGUUAUACGGGUUAUAGUGGUAAUACGGGUUAUAGGGGUGAUAAGGGUUAUAGGGGUGAUAAGGGUUAUAGGGGUAAUACGGGUUAUAGUGGUAAUAAGGGUUAUAGUGGUAAUAAGGGUUAUAGUGGUAAUAAGGGUUAUAGGGGUAAUAAGGGUUAUAGUGGUAAUACGGGUUAUAGUGGUAAUACGGGUUAUAGUGGUUAUAGUGGUUAUAGGGGUAAUACGGGUUAUAGUGGUAAUAAGGGUUAUAGGGGUAAUAAGGGUUAUAGUGGUAAUAGGGGUUAUAGGGGUUAUAAGGGUUAUAGUGGUAAUAAGGGUUAUAGAGGUAAUAGGGGUUAUAGGGGUAAUACGGGUUAUAGUGGUAAUAUGGGUUAUAGUGGUUAUAGUGGUUAUAGGGGUUAUAGGGGUUAUAGGGGCAAUACGGGUUAUAGUGGUAAUACGGGUUAUAGGGGUUAUAGGGGUAAUGAGGGUUAUAGAGGUAAUAAGGGUUAUAGUGGUAAUAAGGGUUAUAGUGGUAAUAAGGGUUAUAGUGGUUAUAGUGGUUAUAGUGGUUAUAGUGGUUAUAGUGGUUAUAGUGGUUAUAGUGGUUAUAAGGGUUAUAGGGGUAAUAAGGGUUAUAGGGGUUAUAAGGGUUAUAGUGGUAAUACGGGUUAUAGUGGUAAUAAGGGUUAUAGGGGUUAUAAGGGUUAUAGUGGUAGUAAGGGUUAUAGGGGUUAUAAGGGUUAUAGUGGUAAUACGGGUUAUAGUGGUAAUAAGGGUUAUAGGGGUAAUACGGGUUAUAGUGGUAAUACGGGUUAUAGUGGUAAUAGGGGUUAUAGGGGUUAUAGUGGUAAUAUGGGUUAUAGUGGUAAUAUGGGUUAUAGUGGUAAUAAGGGUUAUAGUUGUAAUACGGGUUAUAAUGGUUAUAGUGGUAAUAAGGGUUAUAGGGGUAAUAAGGGUUAUAGUGGUUAUAGUGGUAAUACGGGUUAUAGUGGUUAUACGGGUUAUAGGGGUUAUAGGGGUUAUAGGGGUUAUAAGGGUUAUACGGGUUAUAGUGGUUAUAGGGGUUAUAGGGGUUAUAAGGGUUAUAGUGGUAAUACGGGUUAUAGUGGUUAUACGGGUUAUAGGGGUUAUAAGGGUUAUAGUGGUUAUAAGGGUUAUAGUGGUUAUACGGGUUAUAGUGGUUAUAAGGGUUAUAGUGGUUAUAAGGGUUAUAGGGGUUAUAGUGGUUAUACGGGUUAUAGUGGUUAUAGGGGUUAUAAGGGUUAUAGUGGUUAUACGGGUUAUAGGGGUUAUACGGGUUAUAGGGGUUAUAAGGGUUAUAGUGGUUAUACGGGUUAUAGUGGUUAUAAGGGUUAUAGUGGUUAUAAGGGUUAUAGGGGUUAUAGUGGUAAUACGGGUUAUAGGGGUUAUAAGGGUUAUAGUGGUUAUAAGGGUUGUAGUGGUAAUAAUUGUUAUAAGUGUUAUAGUGGUAAUACGGGUAAUGAGGGUUAUAGGGUUAUAAUGGUAGUGGUUAUAAUGGUACCCACUGAUACGUGUAUAUACCCAACUCUUCUAUGUCUAUAUAUCUAUAGUCUCGUAUCUUCCCUCUCUGUCCAUCUCUUCUAUGUCUAUAUAUAUCUAUAGUAUAUACUCUUCUCUCCCCUCUAUUCUCUUCUAUGUCUAUAUAUAUCUAUAGUCUAUACUCUUCUCUGUUUAUAUCAAAUAUAAAAAGUAUGUAAGGGAACAGAAUUCUAUUUUAAUGAAUAAAAUACAGUUUAAUUCCUUGAUGAUGUGCUGCCAUUACUCUUGUUAAUGUUAAUAAUUAGGCUUCCAGCAGGGUUGAGAUCAAUUCCAUUUCAAUUCCAGUCAGUUCUAGAAGUACACUGGAAAUCCAUUUCUCUUCAAUGCUUUUCAAUGAGGAACAUUUGGAAUUGAAAUGGAAUUAACCCCAACCCUGGCCUACAGUUUGUCAGGUUGUGACUUCCUUAUGACUGUUACCAUGGAGAUACUAUUAUAUGUUCUGAAUGUAAUUCUAUCACUGUUACCAUAGAGAUACUAUUAUAUGUUCUGAAUGUAAUUCUAUCACUGUUACCAUAGAGAUACUAUUAUAUAUUCUGAAUGUAAUUCUAUCACUGUAUGUAUCCAUCUUCUUCCCAUCUGAAGGAAUAAACAUUUAUAAUGAAUGAA